AUGAUGCCUGGAAGGAUCGGCCACCUUCCUAUCGCAUCUGAAAAUCCACUCGGUUUGUCUUGGCACGACUCCGCUUGGAUACCGUCGCUAAAUCCAUCAAAUAUUAUGGAUUAUUUUUCUGAAAGAUCAAAUCCCUUCUUUGACCGCACGUGUAACAACGAAGUAGUGAAAAUGCAACGUCUUAGCAUGGAUCAACUGCAAAAUAUGACAGGUCUAGAAUAUAUACUGCUGCAUGUGCAAGAGCCAAUUCUAUAUGUAAUUAGGAAACAGCACAGACAAAGUCCAAUGCAGACUAUCCCUCUUGCAGAUUAUUAUAUUAUUGCCGGAAUAGUCUAUCAGGCCCCUGAUCUGGCCAGUGUGUUAAAUUCAAGAAUUCUAUCAGCGGUCCAUCAUUUACAAUGUUCGUUCGAAGAAACAAUGACUUAUUCCAAAUAUCAUCCAAGUAAAGGCUAUUGGUGGGAUCAUAAAAAUAAAACAGGCCCGUUCAAUGUUGGUCAAUCGGCUCCAAAGGAAGUAUCAAGUGCUCCUAAAGAAGAACCUUCCACUCUGUUUCAAAGACAGAGGGUGGAUAUGUUAUUAGCCGAGCUUGUGAGACAGUUUCCUUUACCAGUAACACAGACAGCGGCUAAUCAGAAUGGUGUAACCGUAAAGACGGAAAACACAAAUGACAAAGGUUCAGAAAAACCGCAAGACGGUUCUCUGAAUAACAUCACAAUUAAGCAAGAACCCAUGGAUCCUAUGGGCUCGGACAUGACUAAUGGGAUGCAGGGCCACAUGGAAAUAAAAACUGAGAUUAAACAGGAAAACAUGAAGCCUCCACCAGAGAAGAAACCUAGAACUUAA